GCGCUCUGUAACACUGCGCGUCCGCAUUCGCGUCCGAAUAUCCCGUCAACGGACACGCGGGCGAUCCUUUUGACGGACGAUUCGGACGAUCGGACGUACCCGGGAUUUUUCGACGACGAUUUCGGCGCGGAUCCCCGUCCGCGAACGGCCGUGUCGUUACCGCGGACUAGUUUUUCACGGCGUCGACGUGCGAUGGUGGGGGGGCGGGCAGCGGCCGCGGAUCGCAACGACACGCGGAGGCAUCUCCGCCGUAGGCACAGGCACGUAGGUCAAGUUACGAUACUCCGCGCGCGCAUUCAGUUCGCGGGGAGCGCUCGUGCGGUGCGCGUUGUUGUCCCGUGUUCCUCUAGAUGAUCGAUCACGUGGUGGACACUGCGACGAGUUCCGCACGCGAUACCGUGGCAAAGACGCGCCGCCGCCGCCGUCGUGGGGAAGGGAUUAAAUGUGCGCGCCGACGCUGCGAUGGACAACCCUAGCGGCGGAAGAGACGGUCGGUACACGAGCCUCGGCUACAUGGGGAUGAUGGGGAGCGAUACUGGCGCGGAGAUUUACGGCCGACCGUCCACCUCUCAGCUCGCGGCCACGGCGGCUUCUCAGAUGGGCCGCGGGGGCGCCACCAUGAUGGGCGCCGCGACGCCCGGCGUCGGACCCGUUCAGCGGGGCAUCAAGCGCACCACGUCCGACGUCUGUUACGGCGACGACGGCAAUAACACGGCCGUCCGGCAGCAGGCGCUCUCGCAGACGCAGAGCAUGCCCGGCAUGCCCGGCGACUGCGUGCCCGAUAAUCUAGACGAGUCCUUCACCAGCCUCGGCCAGCCCAAAAAGUCACCCCCCUCGAACGGCAAGAAGACCAAGGGUCGGGUUAAAAUUAAAAUGGAGUACAUCGACAAUAAGCUCAGGCGGUACACCACGUUCUCCAAGAGGAAGACCGGCAUCAUGAAGAAGGCAUACGAGCUGUCAACGCUGACGGGCACGCAGGUGAUGUUGCUGGUGGCGAGCGAGACCGGCCACGUGUAUACAUUCGCGACGCGCAAGCUGCAGCCGAUGAUCACGAGCGAGGCCGGCAAGGCGUUGAUCCAGACGUGCCUCAACAGCCCGGACCCGCCGCCGUCCGGCUCGUCGGGCGACCAGAGGAUGUCGGCCACCGGCUUCGAGGAGACCGAGCUGACGUACAACAUUGCCGACGACGAGCAGAAAGUAAGGCAAUUGGUGUACGGCUCGCCGCACGGUGGCUCGCUGCACGCCGGCUAUCCUGGUGGCGGGCCAGCGGGUGGCCCGAAUACGGGACCCCAUCCCGGGCCGCCACCCCCGCCGCCACCACCGGGCUCGCAGCACGCGCCACCCUCGCACGCGCAGCACGCGCAGCUCAUAGCGCAUGCACACGCAGCAGCGGCAGCGGCGGCCGCCUCGCCGAGCUCGCACCUCGUGCCGUGCUCGAGCCCGGGCCCGAUGCUCGCCGGAGGCCCUUAUCAGCAGUCCUGCCCCUCGCCCCUGCCGCCCCAUCACGCCUAUCAUCCCCACAUGUCGCACUCGCACCCCCAACGGUAGUACGCGCUCGCUCCACGUCGACCCUACGCAUUCCGUCCCCCGUUGUCGCCGCAUUUUAUUUCGUAUUAAACGGCGUUUUCGACAAGUGUUCCGAGACUCGAUUCGUUCGUCGAUUCGCCGCGAGUCCGAUUGUACUGGGGAGAGACGUUUAUCUCGCGCCGAUACUCUAGUAGAUUCUGUUCGACAGAUCGGACGAAGUUUAUAGACGGAUGAUGACCAUUACUCACGAACCAGCGACGUAAGGAAGUUUAUGCAAUUUAUGUUGUGUACAAAGAAAACAACGUUUAGUAGUGUUUUGUGAAAUAUCGCGCGGCGAUGCGUAGAUAUAUUACUCGGAUUAAAUUCUAAUUAAACUCCCGAAUCUUUUUAGUGGCUAGAAAAAUGAACUGCAGCUUAAAAUAAUAUUCAAUCGAUUAUCGUAUAAAUAUUCGCACAUUAAGCAUGAGAUAUUUGGUAUUUUUAUAUAUGUUUGAGCAAUUUUUUCGUAGAUAUUAAUUUUUAAUAAUUAAAUUUGUCCUCUCUCUUUUUCUCUAUCUUUCGAGAAAUGGUGCGUAAUUAUUAUAGCGCGUGCCGACGCAAUGACUUUUAGAUACUGAAUUUCUUUUCGGACACCGUAUAUCAUUGACGUAAUUUUUCUUUGGACGCUACAUUGUUGGCGAUGUUUAAUGAUAGAAAUCAAGAUGCUUUGAAUUCGUUCGAAUAUAUUAUAAAAAAUUCGAAUAAUUAUUAUAAUUAAUUGAAUUAUAAAUAAUUGAAUGCCCAUCACUAGCGAUGUAGAGUCAUAUGGUAUUUAUCGAAUUAUAAAAGAUGAACGCGAAAGAGAGAGAAAUCGUUUCUCUUACAUAAUCAAAUGUUUUUUAAUAUCGCUCAUAUCUACGGCCGAUUCCACGCGCGCAAAAAUCUAGUCCAAUCUCUCGACACAUUUUUACUUAAAUAUAUAUAUAACAUAUAUGUACAAUAUAUAUAUAUCCUUUUUUUUUUUAUAUCCGCGUAUAUCGGUGAAUCCCUUGAUAAAGUAUUGCGCGCGCGCCACGAACGACUUUGCGUGCGACGAAUCGCGGAAGGGUGGAAACGCGUGUUGAGAUGCGAAAAGAUAAAUAAUUUCUCCGAUAUUAAGGGAGCAUACCCGUUUGAACCUUCGAAAAAUGAGUACAUUCUCUAGAUUUUUUUGCAGCGCAACGACUUGAUAAA